AUGGAGGGCGAGAGUACGUCGGCGGUACUCUCGGGCUUUGUGCUCGGCGCGCUCUCCUUCCAGCACCUCAACACGGACUCGGACAUGGAAGGUUUUCUCCUUGGGGAAAUGAAAGGUGAAGCCAAGAAUAGCAUUACUGAUUCCCAAAUGGAUGAUGUUGAAGUUGUUUAUACAAUUGACAUUCAGAAAUACAUUCCAUGCUAUCAGCUUUUUAGCUUUUAUAAUUCUUCAGGUGAAGUGAAUGAACAAGCACUGAAGAAAAUAUUAUCAAGUGUCAAAAAGAGUGUAGUAGGUUGGUAUAAAUUCCGUCGUCAUUCAGAUCAGAUCAUGACGUUUCGAGAGAGACUGCUUCACAAAAACUUACAGGAGCAUCUUUCAAACCAAGAACUUGUUUUUCUGCUAUUAACACCAAGUAUAAUAACAGAAAUCUGCUCUACUCAUCGGCUGGAACAUGCCUUAUAUAAACCUCAAAAAGGACUUUUUCAUAGGAUACCUUUAGUGGUUGCCAACCUGGGCAUGUCUGAACAACUGGGUUAUAAAACUGUAUCAGGUUCCUGUACAUCCACUGGUUUUAGACGAGCAGUAAAAAAACACAGCUCUGAAUUUUUUAAAGAAGAUGGAUCUUUAAAGGAGGUACAUAAGGUAAAUGAAAUGUAUGCUUCAUUACAAGAGGAAUUAAAGAGUGUAUGCAAAAAAGUGGAACAGAGUGAGCGAGCAGUAGAGAAACUACUAACAGAUGUAAAGAGAUUAAAACAAGAAAUUAAAAAAAGGAAAGGAGCACAGAUCCAAGCAGAACGAGAGAAGAAUGUCCAAAAAGACCCUCAGGAGAACAUUUUUCUUUGUCAAGCAUUACGGACUUUUUUUCCGGACUGUGAAUUUCUUCAUUCGUGUGUUAUCUCUUUGAAAAAUAGGCAUAUUUCUAAAAGUAGCUGUAACACCAACCACCAUCUUGAUGGGGUAGACAACCUGACCUUAAUGGUUGAAUACACAGAUGUUCCCGAAGUGAGUCCAUCUAGUACACUACAGAUGAUGAAGCGUAAAGCUUUAGAUGCAGAUGAUGAAUGGCAAUGCAAGAAAUCACGGCUGCUAGACCUACAAAACAAACCAUCUAAAAUAGGUAGUGGUUGUUGUAACCAGGACAAAGCAUCCACAGCAAGCAGCCCAGAAACAGAUGAAGAGAUUGAGAAAAUGAAGGGUUCUGGUGAAUAUCCACAGUCUCCCACAUUUUGAUCCUUUUAACCAAAAAAGACAUUUUUUAUUUGGCUGAAGGAUAAAACUAAAUAUUUCUAUUUUUACUGUGUUCAGCUACUUGAAGUAAUACAUAGAAAAGUUCAUUUGUUUUUACUAUAUUCAGCUAUUCGUAGUGAUACGUACAUAAGAUUAUUUGUUUCCACUGUUCACCUGUUUGCAAGUUCUAAUGCAUUUAUUUUAUAAAGUACUUUUAAGAUAU